GAAUAAUUAAAGUUUUUGUCACUUGUCCAUUUUUUCGGUUACGUAGACUGCUUCAAGAAUGUCUUUUUUUACAAUGAACCAAGAUGCACAAAUUUUUAGUGAUAAUCAAGAGUGUCUCCAUGACCAAUACUUGAACUCCCAAGUCCGAGAACUAUCGAAAACUUCUAACUCGAGCACUAAAAAAGAUGAAACUGAAAGCAGCAAUAAUAAUUCUCAUAGCAACAAUAACACUACAGCAGAAACGAAUAAUGUACCCAAUAAUAUACCUUCCAUACAUUCAAAGAAACCCAAUCAGCGAAAAAAACUUGAUUGGGCACAUCCACGUUUCACGAUGAGUGAAUUUCAGCUUUAUGAAACCAAAACAAGAUAUUAUCUCGUAGGUACAGACCAAGCAAAGCAGAAAUUUCGAGUAUUACAAAUACACCGUACGAACUCUGCUGAGCUUGUUGUUAUUGAAGACGAUGUGCUUUAUACAGAGCAAGAAAAGACGCGUCUCCUCAAAAUGAUCGAAGAUGGUAAUCUUAGCGUAGGAGGGUUACAGCUAUCCCAUAUGCGUAUUUAUGGUAUUGUGGGGUUUGUAAGAUUCACGCAAGGAUGGUAUAUGAUAUUUAUUACGAAACGGCGGCAAGUCGCUAUGUUGGGUGGUCAUUAUAUCUAUCACAUUGAUGAAACCCGCCUCGUCCCUAUUGAUUUGGGAGCGAAAAUAGACAAAAAUUCUGAUGAAGCACGUUAUGUCGCAACGUUUCAAAAUAUUGACUUGGCAAAGAACUUUUAUUUUUCGUACACUUACGACAUCACCAACUCACUACAAAAGAAUUUGACACAUCCGCCGUUGGCGAAAAAGAGAAAAGUGGUGAAUGAACAGGGGAAAUAUGAUGACGAGACCGAAGUAAAAGCUGGGAAAGAAGAUGAGCCAGGUACACCAGGAUUGAUACACAAUGACAUGUUUGUAUGGAAUCACUAUUUGCUGAGCUCCGGAUUCAAGAACUUGAACAGCAGAUCCGGAUGGAUCUUACCCCUGAUAUAUGGAUUUGUGGAUCAAGCAAAAAUUUCAAUACUUGGCCGUAGCAUCGUAGUUACUUUAAUUGCUAGACGGUCUCGUUAUUUCGCAGGCGCACGUUUUUUGAAGCGUGGCGUCAACGAUAAGGGUUUUGUAGCAAACGAUGUUGAGACAGAGCAGAUUGUGGCUGACCUGGCUACUACAUCGUUUCAUUCUACGGAUUAUUUAUUUGGCAGUCCACGAUACACAUCUUACGUGCAACACAGAGGGUCAAUCCCAUUGAUAUGGUCGCAGGAUACCACAAAUAUGUCGCCUAAACCUCCUAUAGAAUUAAACGUGGUCGAUCCUUUCUUUUCAGCUGCAGCUUUGCAUUUUGAGAAUCUGUUUUUCAGAUAUGGAACACCCUGCAUUGUCCUAAACUUGAUCAAGCAAAAAGAAAAGACGAAGCGGGAAUCUGUUCUUGGGAAGGAAUUCGCUGAAGCCGUAGCCUAUCUGAACCAAUUUUUACCUGAUGAUAAGAAGAUUAAAUACAUUGCUUGGGACAUGUCGAGAGCUUCCAAAAGUCAUGAUCAAGAUGUCAUUGGAUAUUUAGAAAAGAUUGCAGAAGAGACAAUGGCCGCUACAGGAUUCUUUCAAAGCGGUAUGCAACCGGACGUUACCAAGCUACGACGACAGCAUGGCGUUUUAAGAACAAACUGCAUCGAUUGCUUAGAUAGAACAAAUGCUGCUCAGUUUUUAAUGGGGAAGUGUGCCCUAGGCCAUCAGCUUUGCGCAUUGGGUGUCAUUUCUUCACCCAAGGUUGAUUUUGAUUCUGAUGCAGUUAAUAUAUUCACAGAAAUGUAUCAUGAUCAUGGUGAUACUAUAGCGCUGCAGUAUGGCGGAUCUCAUUUAGUCAAUACUAUGGAAACAUACAGAAAGAUCAAUCAAUGGACCAGUCACCCACGAGAUAUGAUUGAAACGAUUCGCCGUUUCUAUGCUAACGCCUUUUCAGACGCUGACAAGCAGGACGCAAUUAACCUUUUUUUGGGAAAUUUUGUAACAAGAGAUGGGCAGCCCAUGCUGUGGGAACUGAGUUCCGACUAUCAUUUGCAUAAUCAACAUCCAUUAGAAAAAGCUGUCAGAAGAGACUAUCGACAUUGGUACAAGAAAGAGGCUCUCGAAUCAAUGACACCUGAGCAAGAAGCUCCUUUAUUCUAUAUACCGAAAGAAUUCCGCGUACCUGCGAGGAAUCCUGACGCCAACGACUUAUAUCAAGGGUAUUGGGUUGAAUACUAUCAACAUAAGGAAUUGACAAGCCUUGAUAGUCUAUUUACCUUCAACAUGAACGGUACUUUGAAGUAUAGACCUUUGAAGGUUUCAUUACGUUUGAAAGACCGAGAGCUAACUCAGGCUGAAGCGUUGGAUAUGAGCCCCUUCACUGUAAGAAUUUCGAAAAGUACAAGCAACACAAUACCAUCUAAUUAUAAGGAAAAAACUAAAGCAGAUGAGGAAAAGCAAUUGUCAAACAUGGAAAAGGCCCCCAUAUGGUCUAUUGAAGGAAUAACACGACGUAAUCUUGAGCCUGCCAUUACAUUAGCUGAGCUCAAAGAAUACAAAAGAUAUACCCAACAGUUUAAAACAAUCGAAAGACUAGCAGUUCCAAGUGAAAAUAGGCAUGCACAAAUAAACAAUAAGCAAUUUGAAAGGUUCCCCGAGUACCAGCAAUAUCAAAGCUACAUCAAUAAAAACGCACUAGAAGAAUACCCAGCGGCGAUAAGAAUAACUAAUUUGGAUGAACAAGUCUACCAUGCGUAUGUGGAUAUACCACGACGGGCUGCAUCCAUACAAUUUGGUCGAGAAUGGAGUGGAAACGCUAGAAAGAGAUAUGAAGGCUAUGCAUGCUACCUCAGGGAUGGAAGAUACCCCGCACAACAGCCACAACAGCCACAACAGAUGCAACAACAAAUGCAACAGUUACACCAACAACGGAAACAAUUUGCGAAUAAGAAGUCCGUGGCAGCGCCAACAACAGAAUGAUUUUGCUGGGCCUGAAACUAGCACUGCUUCGGUUUAUCCUCCGUUGCAUUUUCUUGCCCAAGUGUGUCUCUCUUUUCUUCCUUGAUUUCUCGC